AUUUCCCAGGGCGCCUUGGGCGAGUGGAGGGCGGUUAAAGGAAGGCGGUAAAGUCUGCGGUGUAAACGUCGCUGCCGGGUUCCGGGUCUCGGGCUUCGCGAAGGGGAUGGAGGGGCAGGUUCAGCGGCACCAGGCUCUUUACAAGGGCGCCCGGACCCCGCCUUGGAAGGAGACCUUCAGGCAGGUAAGGCGGCGGCGCGGGGUCUGCCCGAAACUCCCGUGGAACGCGGCGACUGCGAACGUUCCAUGACUUCCGCGGAAUGCGGCGACUGCGAACGUUCCAUGCCUACUGCGAACGUUCCAUGACUGGAUACAUUUCAAGGAGCCCUGCCGGCUCUGCGCGUUGCUAAAGGGCAGAUUUGGCCGCCGUCCUACCUGGAUGGCCGUUUCCGUAGGAGCCCAACCCCUAGGGACCGAGCAUAUAGCUAAACUCCCUCCCACAAGAAGGGAGCGAUGGCCACCACCUUGGAUGGCUUUUAAAAAGAGGAUUGGACAAAUUCAUAGAGGCGGCGGCUGUUGAUGGCUAUCUGUGACGGCUAUGCUCACAAACCAUGUGUUUUUAUAAGAUCCCUGAACUGAAUCUUAAAAAAAAGAAAAUUGUUCAGAAAGCAUUUCGUCUUCCUAAGUAGGGGAUUGUGGGGAAAAGUCAGAGAAAUGGUUUUGCCAUGCUGGUGUCUCCAUUGCAAGUCUUUAUCUCUCUGUUCACUGCCCUCCAGCGCUGCGUGGAGAGGCUGAAGAGCAGCCGUGCCAGACUCUUGGACAGAUACCGCCAUGUGGGAGAAGACACAGCCCAUCAAGCGAGCAAAGCCCUCUUGGUCCAGGAAGUGAUGGAAAUGGAAUGGCAGGCUCUGCAGCCUCUGGAUUUCCAGCUGCCCUUCCCCAGGAAACAAGAAACUUCCCCUCAGGUCACUGCGGUAAGAAGCAGCUACUGUACUAUGUUCUUUGUGGGAGGCUGUCCAUAUCGCGGGGGGGGGGGGGGGGUCGACAUGCAGAGGGCUGCAAGGCCAGCUGGCUAGCCCCAGCUGGGUCGUCCCCUUCCAGCCAUCCGCUGCGAAGACCCAUCGGCCUCUGCUCCGACGUAAAUCAGCGACCCGGGCUUCAAAGCCAGGGCACACUAUCAGCAGAUAGAACUGCGCACACAGAAUAGGCGUGAGGCUUGUGAAAGCAUGCUACAACUACAGAUUUAUUAAUCAUAAAUCAGGACAAAGAAACAUGUCGCCUCUCUCUCUCUUCAUCCUCUCAGAGAGACAGGGAAAAGCAAAAGCAAUACACACAACGGAAGUUCCCAGCAAACUGUGCUGGAAUGUAAACAGACAUGUGACACGCAACAGUUCCUCACACCUGCUCCUUAAGGUGGAAUGGAAAUCUCAACAGUGUGUGUCUGGAUUGUCAGCAUAAUGUCCUGGUGCCCACAAGGUUUCUGAGUGCGCACACACCUCACAGCCGCAUGAAGUACCCUUGACAACCAGAGAGGUGACCUUUCGUUCCCUCGGAAAGUACAUAGAGCCAAAGGAGGAAGUUGGAAGAGCGGCACUCUUUCACACUUCCUCUUUCAGCUCUAUGUGCUUCUCAAGGCUCAGAUUAAUUCUAGUGGAUCUGCCUUCUACCCAGAUCCCUUGGAAGAACAACAUAACUGUGUCUGUGUCUGUCUAUCACUCCCUGAGGGUGGGUGGCUGGACUGAUCCCAAGGGUGAAAGGUGAGAAAUGCCCAAACAGCACUUUAAAAUGCCCAAAGUGCACCUGCAGUACCGGUUCAAUCCUAAUGUGCCCAUGAGCCUAAAAAGGUUGCCAGCCCCUGUAACUUAGAGGGCUGGCAUCCCUCUGGCUGUAUACAAAUUUAACUCGUAUUAAUAAUAAUUCAAAGUUCUGGUUUAGACCUAUGAAGCCUUAUACAGUGGUACCUUGGUUGUCGAACGGCUUAGUUGUUGAACAAAUCGGCCCCUGAAUGCAGCAAACCCGGAAGUGGGUGUUCUGGUUUGAGAACGUUUUUUGGAAGUCGAACGUCCGGCGCAGCUUACGAUUGAGUGCAGGAAGCUCCUGCAGCCAAUCAGAAGCCGUGCCUCAGUCUUCAAAUAGUUCUGGGAGUCAAACAGACUCCAGGAAUGGAUUAAGUUUGACAACCAAGGUACCACUGUACAGCUUAGGUCUAGGCUAUCAGAGGGACUGUAUUCUUCCACACAAACUUGCUCAGGCUCUGAGAUAUUUUGGGGUAGGCCCUUCUCCCAGCCCCACCAUCCUCGCAGUUGUUCUCAGUGGGGACGUAGGAGAGGGCCUUCUCGGUGGCAGCCCCCAUAUUUUGGAGCUCCCUUCCUAGAGAGGCUAGGCUCUCUCCAUAUUGUCCUUCUGCUGGCAGGUGACGUCUGUUUUUAUUCUGUGGAGCUAAUACCAGCUUACUGUGCGGUUCCCUUUAGAUGCUGGACGUCUUAGAGGAAAUCCAGGAGGAGCUGAUCUUGCAAGGUACUUGAUUCUCCUUUGAUUCUGAUAGCCGCGGCUUUAAUUUCUGUUGGCACAGCCUGUGACGCAGGGGACGGGGCUUUCUCCCUUGCAGAACAGCUGGCCGUGGAAGAGUACGAGCAAAGCCUGCGCUUUGACGAGGAGUGCCUGAAUGAUAUCCUGGAUGGCUUGGAUGCGGAGCGCAAGGUCAUCUGCCCGGUUUGCAGAAGGUGAGGCAAACACGUACAAUGCUUUAGGUCAGGCCUUUCCUCUGCCUCAUCCCAGUUAGAUGAUGUGGAGAAAUAGCUAGCAGGUGGCCGAAGUUCGCCAGCGUAAGACUUAAUAAAGGAAACAAAAAGGAAUUUGUCCCUGUUUAACUUUCACCGCUGAUUGCUUCUGCACCUUGCAUUAAUUCAUGGCUGUUCUUCCUAGGAACAAUCUCUGUGUGACGAGUCACUCGGUCGUGUGUCCGUGUGGGCUUUCCAUCAGCACGCAGGUAAGCAGGUGCUCAAAAAUCAUUUGCGCCGUCUGGGGUAAAGGAACAUGGCUCAGCAGCAGAGUGCACCAGAUUUGUAUGCAAAAGGUCUGGGUAUGUUAAAACCAAGGGGGCAGAGAAUGCAUCAGAAAUAUCCCACCCACUUCUAAAAGGCCACAGGUGGUUAAGGGCCAAGGCCUUUAGAGCAGUGUUUCCCAGACUUCGGUGUCCAGCUGUUUUUGGACUACAACUCCCACCAUCCCUCGCUAGCAAGACCCAGUGGUCAGGGAUGGUGGGAAUUGUAGUAAAUGAGAAGACACAACAGAAAAGGCCCGUUGAGUUAAACAGCUGGGCAGCUUUCCCAGGCUGGAUUGCACUAUUAAUUUUGUAAAGUUGUUGUUGUGAUUUAUUACCCACUUUUCACUUCAGGGUCCUAGGGUGAGACCCCUGGACGAUUAAGUCCAGUCAAAGGCGACCAUGGGGUUGUGGCGCUCAUCUCGCUUUUCAGGCCAAGGGAGACGGCGUUUGUCCACAGACAGCUUUCCGGGUCAUGUGGCCAGCAUGACUAAACUGCUUCUGGUUUCAUACUGUGCAACGGAACACUGUGACGAGUGCCAGAGCGCACGGAAGCGCUGUUUACCUUCCCGCCGCAGCAAUAUCUAUUUACUAGCACUGGUGUGCUUUCGAGCUGCUAGGUUGGCAGGAGCUGGGACAGAGCAACUUAGCUCACUCCAUCACGGGGAUUCGAACCACUGACCUUCUGAUCAGUAAGCCCAAGAGGCUCAGUGGUUUAGACCACAGCGCCAGACCCCACCGCGGGGAAGGGAAGCGGUUGGCAAGCGAGGUGUACAUGUGUGGAAUGGGGAGGACUGGGUUGCCUUCUCCACCAGAAGGGUUUGAUUCCUUCUCUCUGUAAGGGGAUGACCAAAGAGAAGCUCUGCUCCUCGCUGGAAGACAGCGUGACGGAACAUGGCCGCCGCUGUCAGUGCUGGCCUGAAUUUGCUGUAACCAGCUGGGCGGAAGGCGAAGCACAUCUCCUCAUGAGCUGUCAGGUAAGAGCCUCAUUUUGUGACAGCAAUAGUGGGAUGUGCCCGCCCGCUGGAGAGGCAGUGUGGUGUAGUAGUUAGCAUGUCAGGACUAGGACUGAGAAGAUCCUUGUCCUUGUUUGGGAGAAGCGCGGGGGAUAUCCCAGGGUGUAGCCCCUAUAGCGCUGCCAGUUGAUGGAAAGUGAUGAAAGAAGUCUUUUGAUCUCCAUAGCGCUGCACAGUAUGAAGAAACUGCACACGGCAGGCAAUUAUUAUCUUUCUUUUUGUGUUCUUAGGUUUGCGAUUCGUGGACAGUUAUUUUGUAGCCAUGGCUCCAUUUGCAGCACUUUCCAGGAAAGCAGAGAACACUCGAGUCUUUCCCCACGUCCCCUUCUGAGAAGCGUCUUAUCUACGUGUGGGUUUAAUACACACAAAUGUCAAAAAUGUGCCCUUUGUUGAUUCCUUGAUGCAUGUUGUUUACGGUGGUUCUCGGUUGAACAAAAAUACCUUUCAGUAUUGCACAUAGAACAAAUGGGAUAUUUUGUUUUCCUGUUUUGUAACGUUAAGUGGGCACAGCUGCUUUCAAAUGUUUAUCUAGAUUUCUCUGAUCCUGCUAUCAGAGCAGGGAGUGUUGCUUUUCCUGCUUAAAAAGUGCAAUGUUCACUGAAAGGAAGGUAGGAUGACAUGAGAUCAUGAAAACCCACUGGGUUGAUGUGUCAGAACCCCCCUCUAAGCAGACUCAUGUCACAUACAACCUUUUAAUAAUUCUUUGUGAAUAAAGUUGGACUGCAACUGUCGCCAUUCAGCUUUCUCUGAAGGAACCAGACUAAUCUUGAAUUAGAACAAGCACUAUUGCCUCCUCUUGUCAUUCAGGGAACCACUAAAUUCCAAAACGGGCAUUUGCAACAACUGAAAGUAUCUGAAGAUCUUUAGUACACCAUUUGCACUACAAACUCUCUAAUGUCAAGCAGUUUUUGAAGGCAAGAGCUUUUACAGGAUAUACUACACUGUUUAUUCCUUUUCAUAUCAAGUGUCCCAGUGUACAAGUGCAAGUAUACUUGGACUUGAGACAUGCAAGGAAGCCUUCAGACCAUCCAAGAGCGCCAUUUUGCAGUGAGCUUUCCAUUGAGAGGCCUGCUUCAAGCAGAAGAAACACCAGUGAACCAAUAGUUCAAAAGAGUUGCAUGAGGGGGGAAAAAAGUUGAUUUUUUUUGGUAUCACUGGAGGACACUCAGAGAAAAAGGAGGAUGAACUCUCCCAAUAUCUGAGGAUGGUUAGGGUGGCUGUGGUAUAAAUGUAGAUUAAAAACCGCAAUACGGGUUGGGAAAGAUCAAAUGUUUUUAUUCUGGGUGUUUCAGUGGGGAAAUUUGGAUCACCAACAGCGUUUAAACAAAAGAAUUGAUUGCUUACUGGUGUCUACAAAAGCAUGAAGCAAAAGCUAUUAAGUGCGGAAGAAAAUCUCUAGGUAUGGCACACCCCUAGCAUAUGUGGCAAUCCACAUUCACAAAAUAAUCUUAAAAGUGCUAUGAUACUUUAAGCAGUCAUGGCUUCCCCCAAAGAAUUUAAGGCUGGAGUUUAAGGGUGCUCAGAGUUUUUAGGGGACCCCUGUAUCCCCUCUUCCAGACCUACAAUUCCCAGGGUUUCCUGUGAAGAGGGAUUGGUGGUUCAACCACUCGGAGAAAGGUAGCUCUGUGACGGGACUGGGGGCUUCCUAACAACUCAUCACCCAUUAAACAAACAGCUCCCAGGAUUCCUUGGGAGAUGCUGUGACUGUUUAUAAAGUAGUAUCAUAGUGCUUUAAAUGUAUGGGGUGAGUGUGGCCUUAGUCUCUGCUCUAGGGGUGGGGAACUGGAUACAGCUUGCAAAAUGGGAUGUGCCUGCUCUCCCUGCUUUCAGCCAAGGUGCGCAGCAGCCCACGCCUGAUAGCAUCUGUGACACCAUGUGUAGGCCAGGUGGGUUGGGCCAGACUGAGGCCUGCAGGCUGAGCUUGCAGACAGCUCUGCUCUAACAGCAGUUUGAACACUAUUGUGUUGGGUUUUUUUACCUUUCUGAGAUUAUUGUAUCCCUUUUUGUGCUUCUGCUUUAUUUAAUUUGCUUUGCUAUUUUAUUGUGUUGUUUGUGUUUCUGAUUUGUGGCUCAAGUGACAAGGUUACUAGUAACAAAUAUAAAAUGUGUAAUAAAAGCAUCUGCCACCGAUUACAGGCUGUUUUGACAAUACAUGGAAACUUUGAAGCUUUGGGUGAGAUUUCAACCCCAAUUAAAGGAGCAGGCAGCCCUUUGGUUGUGUAGUACAACUUCCUAUGGUAUGAAAAUGUUUCUAUUUGUCUACAUUUAUAGACUCAGCAAUGCUUCAACAUUGCAUCAGUGUUAUUCUCCACCUCCAGUAUUCUCAUAUUAAAAAGGACAAUGAAAAGAUAAUCUUUGC